CAAACCAUCUAAACAUUUCCACGACUGGGGUUUCUUUCUUAUUUAAAAGCAUUAGCAUAGAAUAGAAUAGAAUAGACGUUAAACUCGUAGUCUUGUCGUACAAGCACAACAAGCUCCUUGUCGGUAGCCGAGAGGAUUUUGCAGCCAAAGAUGUGGGUUUGCUCAGUCCCCACUCUCAAAAUAGUGAAAAAUAAACAGAGUUAUAUUUGUAAGGUUAUCUGAUUCUUGAAAGGUGUUGAAUACACACGGACGCUUGUGUACCAGAAUUAUGCGACAAAAGGACAAGUGAGUGGAGAAACCGCAGCUAAUCCCAAAUAAUGCUUGGUCGUGUGUCGUCAGUAUGGUUUUGGUUUCGAUCGGGUCGCCCUGGCUUCUGUCUGGGAACAUGUUUAUGCAUAACACUUAUGCUGCUGUUAUAUACUGGAGGCCUUCAGGCAAGUCUCAGCUUGGGUCCAAAUGGAGACUUCCCAAGGCUCAGAGAUGUGUUCCUGUAUGCUUUCAGUCAUGAUGAGUUGUCCUCUUUGCUGGUUAGUGUUGCACUCCUGCUGACAACUGGAAGAUGCCAGGAACAUCGCUGGGGGACAGUCGCCUUCCUCGCCCUUUCUAUCCUAACAAUGACCAUAUUACCUCCUCUUUACACACUGGUCCUCUUUGUUGGUGGGGGUGAGGCAAGUCGGAUCAGUGGUUACUCUGCCAUCCAGCUGGCUCUGUUUACAGCGCAGUGCCGUCAGGUGACACAGAGGAGGCUGUUGAGGUGUUUGCCAGUCUGGUUUCUCCCCUGGCUUCUUCUGCUGAUUGGUCUGCUGCUGCUGCCCGGGACACCCGCACUGAUUCACUUCUGCGCAAUAUGCAUCGGACACAACUAUCAUCAGUCCUUCAUUGGGAUGUUACAGGAGCUGGAGGAGGUCAGGGUUUUGGAUUUCAUUCCUGAUUGGGUAUAUGUUCCCACUUCAGCCCGGUUCAGAUUGCCCACCUACACGACCUCACAGAGGUCUAGAUCACUUCCUCCUCACGGGCAUCCUCAUCCUCAGAGGAUGCCCAUGGAUCAGGCAGCUGCUGCCCCCAUGAGGGAUCCCUCUGUUCUGAAUCACCAUCUCUGGGUGGACCCAUCGCAUGCCUGGAUAAUAAAGGAGUCUGCUGCUCAGUCUGAAACUGAGGUGCUGGAUGAACAGAUGCUAAGGGCAGGGAUACUGGCCUCAUUACAGGAUGCUCCUGACAGCCGUGAUGCUAAAGUGGAGGUGCACAAAUCAUCGGUUUCAUCUCUUCGACUCCAGCAGUUGGAGAAGAUGGGCUUCCCCACAGAGAAAGCAGUGGUGGCACUAGCAGCCUCAAAACAGCUAGAUGGCGCCAUUUCUCUGCUUAUUGAUGACAGCAUUGGAGAACAGGCUGUGGUGGUGUCUAAAGGGAAGAGCCCUCUGCCACCACAGAGCACCUAGACACCCUCACUCUCCUGGCCUGGAACAGUACUUGCUCUUAUGCAGUACACUGGACGUUCAUUAUGCUUGGGUUUUGCUGAGCUUCAGUAUUAGAUUUUCCCUGUGGGCUACUUGUAGACCUAUUUCAUGAACAAAAUUCCUGUGUGAAAGCGGGAGUACAGUUCCUCUUUUUCCUCAGCUGUGAGUCUAAUUGAGUGUAGAUGCAAACUUGACCGAUUUGAAGAUGGUUUCUGUAUCAUAAAAGGUACACUGGAGA